UUGUAAGGCGUCAACCGCCGAGUUUAUUGCCAUGUGCACAAAGUACAAUUACAUUAUUUAUAGAUGAAAGAAGAACGACGUGACAGAUAUGAAAGGUAACGCAUAAUUAAAAAUUAGGAGGGGCAAUAUAUAUUUGUAACGGGAUCAAUUCGCCCCCUAUGACCGCUCGUUUUUUUCCCCAGAUACAACCCGCCGCCCCGGCACGUUCUGAAUCCGCACGACCUACUUGAAGGAUGAAGCGGCUCGUGUGUACCUGAAGCCACGGGUGACUCAUGGCAGCACGUCCACCCCCAAUCCCCCCGACUCUGGACUCGGUACCCUGCGGUGUAAGUGAACGCAGAGAUGGCGUCUCUAAUUCUGUUUUUAUUUUUUCGUUUUUAAUAUCUCCUUAUAAAAACAGUGGGUCUGAUUGCCUCCACAGAACAGCCCGUCUAUAGCCCCCCCAAUGUUUCCCUUAUAUGGCUGUGUACCUCCAAUGCGAGUGACUGGCACUGUGCGCGUUCACAUCGCCGGGGACGCGCUCUUCCUGGCUCCCAUAUAAAGCGCCGGCCGCCAAGCGUUGCAGAGCCACACCGGAGGGACGCCCGCCGACAUGCUGGACGUGAAGGACUUGAGCGCUUCUGCAGUCGUGCCACUCAGCAGGCUGCUCUUUGCUCGAGGCGUCAGUUCCCCGAAGAACCUCAAGAAGGCUUGCAACGGGAAGCUGGGCUCCGGGAGGAACGCUCCAGUGCUAAGCUGGGGGGUCCUGUCCAAGAGCAGCAUGACCAUCCUCAGGGGCUUCUCGGAGAACUGGAAACACCUGGACAAGACGAGCCUUCUGCGAAGAGCCGACCCCAACCCCCUGAGCGAGUCCUCCCCGGGGGGAGUCAAGCCGAAGAGGUGCCGCCGGCUGGUGGUGUUGGGGGCCCCCGGGGUGGGCAAGUCGUCCAUUGUGGGGAGAUUCCUGAGGGGCACCUUCGAGGAUGUCUACGUCCCGACUAAAGAGGACUUCCACAGAAUGCUGUACCAAAUCAGGGGGCAGCGGUACCAGCUGGAGGUGCUGGACGCGACCGGGGAGAGGGGCUUUCCGGCCAGGAGACGACUGUCCAUUUUAACAGGUGACGUCUUUCUGCUCGUCUUCAGCCUCGAUGACCGCAAGUCGUUUCAAGAGGUCUGCUCCCUUCUCGACGAGAUCAACGAGGCCAAAAGCAAAGCCAUGAAAUCCAACUGGUGCCCUCAUGUCCCCAGUGUGGUGUGUGGAAAUAAGGUGGACGGGCAGACAUCCCAGAGGGCCGUUAGCCGAGAAGAAGUGCUGCAGGCCCUCGCCGGAAAGGCCACCAACUACUUCGAGACGUCCGCCAAGAACGAUUUCAACAUGGACGCCGUGUACCAGGCUUUGGUGGAUCACGCGGGGCUGCCCAGUGAAGCUGCCCCCUCCCAUCACAGAAAGGUCUCCGUUCGCUCCUUUCAGGCACGAUGCCAGCGAGACUUGGCACCGUGUGGCGUGCUGUACCCCAGUGCCGUGCGCCCGAGCUUCAGCAGUGAUCUACAGCGGGUCAUGGGGUCCGGCAGGCCCAGAAAGAAGUGAGGCUCUGGACGGGUAGCAUGUGCGGGGAGUCUCAGCGGCUCGGUGGGCUUCUGUGUUUACAUAAGACACUUUAGACAAGUGUGUGGAGUUAGUGAUUUAUUAACAAGAGUAACUGGCAUUUGGGCUGGUCCUGAAAUUCAAAUAAGCCAUCCGAUGUGAGAAGACCGAAUGUUUUGUAUUUUUAUACAUGAUAAUUGUGUUAAUUACAUUAUUGCAAUUUGAUUUUUUUUUUAUCAUGGUAAUAAAGUCAUUUUGAUGUACUGCUGAAGGAAGCGGCUCACUGCGUGUCUUUCAGUGUGAACGUCCACCGUCGCCAUUCUGUGUCUUUCUAAUUGGCACUUUGUGUCACAAUGCACAUAAACUUUAUAAUGCAGGCGCUGGAUAGCUUUAUGACUAAAAUAUAUUAAUAUGGUGUUCUGUGU